CUCAGCCUCACCCUUUGAUCCUUCGUCGCGCGACUGUACCACCACAUUCUCCCCGUCGAGACUGCCGGGACGGAACCUCUACUCAGAGCUCAUGCCCAUAGUACAAUUUGCGCCGUUCUCGUCUCUCGUCCAACCGGCAUUCUGGCACGCGCUCACGGACUUCAAGAUCGAUGUGCUCCGGCUCUCUGACGAUGCCAUAACGAUCCAUGGCUCGUAUGCCGCCGGUCGAUCCGUCAAGGAUCGCGAGUCUGGCGCCGAAAUAGCGCUCGGAUGUAAUCUCACAGUCGGUGGCGAGUCGUUCUCGAAGGCGGAUAAACCACCAGCUCAUUCAGCGUUGGUGACUGGCGUGUUCAAGAACUACAAUACCGUCGAAGAGUUCAAAGCAGCAGACAAGACCGCGCUGUUUGCACAAGUGUCGGACGAGGUACGUGUUCGUUCCACUCUGAGUCUCUCCCACUGCCAAUGGACCUACGCGCAUAUAUGGUGUAUGUGGGAUUGUACUGCGUCGUCAAUCGCUGCGUCAUCCAAUGAGUUGAGGAUCGCGAUGAGCUAGAUCCCCUGGGUUUUCGGGUAGCAUCACGGCGAUGAGCGCAUGGAUCCUCGCUCUCAUGUCUGGACGCACGGAACCACCGCAAUGAGUUUGUACCAGUCACAAAUUCGCAGUUCUCGUGGUGUCGCCGGGCCAGCAAGACUUGGAGCGCGAGCACUACCAAGGAGACUACGGACGUCGUACUCCUUGUGUCUUCUGCAGCGUUAGUGUCCGCUACCUUGAUAACAACCUGAGCACUGGUUCGUACUGUUCGCCAGCCCG